GUUGCUACACAGGGUCCACGAUUCCCGUCACCGGACAGUGAAUACUUUAAAGCGUUAACGCUUUAAAGUAUUCAUUGACUGAUGUGUAGUUUCCUUAGAUCUAAUCUUUUAUUCUACCCCUUAGUUUUUACUUACUAAUAUAGUUGUUUUUUUUUGUAACCAUAUUGUGUGAUAAUGUACACCUAAAUUUUAGUCAAAUGUGAAUGUGGUCGAGCAUUUUCGCGCAAAGAUAACUUAAAAAGACAUCAACGCGUAUCGUGUACAACUGGAGCACGUCUGGAUCCACCGACCCUAAAAAAGGUUAAAAUAUCGACCGAUGACUCACCGGUGCGAGUACCUACAGUGCAUUGCGCACAAUGUUCUGAAGAUGUGGCAAGAUCUGGUUAUCAAGGACAUUUGCGUAGUAACAGACAUAAAUCGAAUGCUUGUUUAGUGAUAGAUGACCAAAUUGAAAUUAUUAGAUCCUCAUUUGAGAAGAAAAUAAUGAGUUUUAGAAUAUCACCAGUUGGUAAACAUAAUGAAGUGAAAUCAUUUAUGGAAGAUGUAAAAAACAAAGUAUUAAAAGUAUGUAACAAACAGUUACAGACGUACCCAUCGCUAAAAACCAAUUUUGAACUGUUUGGAAUGUAUUUAUUGGAAGAAAAGGUCGAAAUUAAAUCAUUUCAAACCAAAUAUGCAAUUACAACUCUGGGCACUAAUUUGGAAGAAUACGUGGAACAAGUGGUUGAAAUUUUAAGCAGAAAAGAAUCGGAAUUUCAAGGCCGCGAUUCCGGAUGGGUGUUAGUAGAUUUAUUAUACUUGGAAUGCAACUUCUUACAAUUUAAUCCGAUAAAAGCGUCGUCAUAUAUUGAUUUACCUCCUUCUCUUAAAAGAAGAAAGGCUAUUAUCAACGUUGACAACAACGACCAGAUGUGCUUCGGAUGGACGCUCGCAUCGGCGUUGAUUCAUCCUACGGGGAAACCGCAACGCAAAGAAUCAUAUCCAGAUAUUUUAAAAAUAUUUAAUUGGGACGGUAUCCAAUUUCCAGUACCGUUGUCGUCAAUACCCACGUUUGAGGCCAACAACCCUAAAAUUUCCGUUAAUGUUUAUGGGAUUGAGUGCGUCUAUAAAGAUGGAAAGCAAGAGAUUCAAGUAAUAGGGCCGCUGUAUUACAGUAAGUCAAAAAAAAUUAAUCACGUAAACAUGUUAUUAAUUAGUAAUAAGGCAGGUAACACUCACUAUACAUACAUAAACAAUUUUUCACGGUUAGUUAGCAAGCAAAUAAGUCAACGUAAUGGAGCAACGCAUUUUUGUGACGGGUGCAUUAAUUAUUUUCGUACUGAACAACAACUAAAAAAACAUCAAAUGCAAGAUUGCAAUCACACGUCUACUAUACUACCAACCACAACCCUAAAACUUGACAAAACCGGUAAUAUGCGUCCCGAAAAUCUUCUUACCUUUACGAAUUUUCAAAAGCAAAUGCUACUACCUUUUGUUAUUUAUGCAGAUUUUGAGUCAAUUUUACAACCUCUAGAUACCGCCGAACCAGACCCCAAAAAAUCUUUUACGAUAAAAACAUGUAAACACACACCGUAUUCGUUUUGUUAUUAUAUUAAAUCGUCGUAUAAUGACGAAUGGUCACGAUUGGAAACGUAUCGAGGUGAAAAUGCGGCACAAAUAUUUAUUACGCGACUACAAAACGAUAUUAAAAAUAUAUAUCGCGAAUAUUUGCUAAACGUUCGUCCCAUGGAACCUCUUUCAGAAGAUGAAUUGCGAAUGUAUGAUGAAAGCCGAACAUGUUUUAUUUGCCAAAACCCGUUUGAUAACGAUUCCACGAAUCCCAAAGUUAAAGAUCAUUGUCACAUUACCGGUAAAUAUCGCGGUAGCGCGCACGCAACGUGUAAUCUAAAUUAUAAAAUUCCAAACUUUAUACCGGUCGUGUUCCAUAAUCUUAGCGGAUACGAUUCCCAUUUGUUCGUUAAAGAGCUAGGAGCAGAUACCGAAGACAUUGACGUUAUUCCUACAAGUACAGAAAAGUACAUCACUUUCAGUAAACGGGUUCUAGUAGAUGAAGUAGAUUUGGAAUCGGGUAAAAAGGAACGAAAGUAUAUGAAAUUACGAUUUAUAGAUAGUUUUCGCUUUAUGCCUACGUCGUUAGAUAAACUAUCCACAAAUUUAACUUCGGAACAGUGCGCAGAGAUAAGAAAAUUUUUUAAUGAUUCUAAUAAAUUUCAACUUCUCCGAAAGAAAGGUUGCUUUCCUUAUUCAUAUGUAGAUUGUAUGUCAAAAUUAGACGAGAAAGAUAUACCUUCUCAUACAAAAUUUUAUAACGAUAUGACCCAAGAACAUAUAUCACGCGAUGAAUACGAGAGGGUGGUACGCAUCUGGAACGUAUUUAAUUGUAAGACAUUAGGGGAUUAUUCGGACCUUUAUCUCAAAACGGACGUAUUACUUUUAGCGGAUGUGUUUCAAAAUUUUAGAUCUCUAUGUAUGAACGUGUACGGAGUAGAUGCCGCUCAUUACGUAACUACCCCAGGAUUAACUUGGGAUGCUAUGCUAAAAUUUACACGAGUAAAAUUAGAAUUACUGACGGACAUGGACAUGUACCACAUGAUUAAAAAGGGAAUUCGUGGUGGUGUUAGCACUUGUAUUAAAAGAAAGUCGUGCGCUAAUAAUGAGUUUGUGCCUGGUUAUGAUUCUAAUCAGGCCAAGGUCUUUAUUCAGUACUUAGAUGCGACGAACUUAUAUGGAAAUUCAAUGCGAGAAUAUCUACCAGUUGACGGGUUUUCUUGGUUAACUCGCGCAGAUAUUGAAAAAUUUAACGUUCACGAUAUAUCAGACGAAUCCGACGUCGGAUAUAUUUUGGAAGUUGAUCUGCAUUACCCACUAGAACUACAUUCUACCCACAACGAUUUACCAUUUUGCCCAGAAAAUAUUUUGCCCCCUAGAGCGAAGUACAAACAAACGAAAUUAAUUCCAAAUUUAUACGAUAAAUCAAAAUAUGUAAUUCAUUAUCGAAAUUUGAAACAAUGUUUAAAACAUGGACUCGUACUCACACAUGUUCAUCGCAUUCUUAAGUUCAAUCAAAAACCGUGGUUACGCGACUACAUCGAUUUAAAUACGAGAAUGCGGAAUAAAGCUACGAAUAGUUUCGAAAAAGAUUUCUUCAAGUUAAUGAACAAUGGCGUAUUUGGUAAGACUAUGGAGAAUGUGGAUAAACGAAAAAUACUGAAAUUGUUAACACACUGGGAAAAUUACGGUCGACGUCGUGGAUUAGAAAGUUUCAUAACGCAGCCUCACUUUAAAAAAUUUACCCAAUUCAGUCAUACUUUAUUUGCAGUUGAAAUGUCAAAAGUUUCAGUAGUUUAUAACAAACCAAUUUAUGUGGGGUUUACCAUUCUAGACGUUUCUAAAAUAGUAAUGUAUCGUUUCUUCUAUGACAUUUUACGCGCCCAUUAUGGAAAAAAUGUUUCAUUGUUGUAUACUGACACCGAUUCGUUUAUUUUGGAGGUUAAAACUCACGACUUGUAUGAACAUAUGAGAAACAAUUUAAACGAAUACGAUACCUCUAAUUAUAAAAAUAAUCUACACGGCGUAAUCACAACUCCUUCUAUAGUUGGCAAAAUGAAAGACGAAUAUGCGGGUAAAGCUAUUCAUCUAUUUUAUGGUGCGGGUGCGAAAUCGUAUUGUGUAAAAACUGAGGAUGACGUAAUUAAGAAAGCGAAAGGUGUGAAAAAAAUUACCAUUAAAAAAGAUUUGAGCGAAUUCGAUUAUAAAUGUGUAGCUGAACAAACGGAUAAAAAAGUUUUUUGCAAAAUGUUGGUUUUUAAAUCAACUUUGCAUGAUAUAUACACUGAAUUAGUAAAUAAAAUCGGACUAAGUUCGUAUGAUGACAAACGUUUCGUAAUACCCAACACUUGUGAUACGUUAGCGUGGGGUCAUAGGGAUAUUCGUAGGUAUGAAAACUAUAUCGAUCUUGACAAUAUACUUCAAAAUCCUAACGUUUUAUAUGAUGAUGACUCAAUGGACAUAAGUGACGAACUUUUAGAUGGAUUGAUUAAAGCUUUUGAAAGCACAUCAUAAUUUUGUACAUAUUCGCUUAUUCACAUCAUACUUCCCAGUUACCACCACACUCCAGCAUACUUACCAAUCACCAUUUAACUUCGGUGUAUAUUAUCACCCAUAAUCCACUCAUUUACUAAAUACAUACUUAAAUGUUUUGUAUUUUCACCUGCUUUAUAAUGUUGUUAAUAUUUUCACCUGCUUUAUAAUGUUGUUAAUAUUUUUUAAUUACCUUUUUUUUUUGUAUUUUCACCACCACACUCCAGCAUACUUACCAUUUAACUUCGGUGUAUAUUAUCACCCACAAUCCACUCAUUUACUAAAUACAUACCUUAAUAUGCUUAAUUUGUAACGUAAGGGUGCUUAAAUGUUUUGUAUUUUCACCUGCUUUAUAAUGUUGUUAAUAUUUUUUAAUUACCUUUUUUUUUGUAUUUUCAUG